UCCCGUCAGCUCAGCAUCGAGAAACAUUAAAAACUGAAUUUAUAUAGAUUGAACUAUCAAUGGAAAAUAUCUUGGAGCCAAGCAGUUCCGAUGACAACAUGCCUUCAGACAGCAAAAAGGAUAUGCAUGCAUUACUGUCUUCGGAAGAGGAUAUUUUCGAUGGGCCACCGUCAUCUUCGAUAAAGAUCGAAUCAACACAGCUCCAGGAAGAAGGACGAUCGUCUUCAUACUCCCUGAAAACCGAGUUCGAAGAUAUCAUCUUUCCGGAAAUCGGCAGGGAGAGCCAAAAUAACAGCGACGAAGCUCUGAGUAAAGAACAGCAGCAGAAAAAUCUGGAUCGAGUAAAACGGAAAGAGAUGAAAAGCAAAAAGAUAAUGGAGGAAGAAGAGUUGGAAAAAAUGCAAGUUCUUGUAUCUAACUUCACCGAGGAACAGCUGGAUCGGUACGAAAUGUACCGGCGAGCUGCCUUCCCGAAGGCGGCCGUCAAGCGCUUAAUGCAAACAAUUACUGGUUGCUCGGUGUCACAAAAUGUGGUUAUCGCCAUGUCCGGUAUAGCAAAGGUCUUUGUCGGCGAGGUGGUCGAGGAAGCACUCGACGUUAUGGAAGGAACGGAAGAAACCGGGGCCAUCCAACCGAAGUAUCUCAGGGAAGCGGUUAGACGGCUGCGGGCACGGGGACAAAUUCCAAACGGGCGGGGGCACAAACAGUUCUUUAAAAUGAAUUGAUUCUUUUUGGAGAAGAUUGGUUUAGUAACAUAAGUAUAUUUUAGGUGAUAAUUGAUAAAGCCUGAGGUUAAGAUCCAAACUCAAUUUAUGUGUGUAACUAGAUAAAUAUGGCCUGACUGCAGUGUUUUCUAUGUCUGAUUGUAAAAAUAUUGAAAGUAAAAUAUGAA